AUGACAUUAGUUACGACUAAAGAUUUUUUUGAUUUAGAUAAUUAUUUGCAAAUUUCAAGAAAAUUUGACUAUACAAAUGGAAUUUAUUGUUUUCAAAACAAUCAUGUGUAUGUUGUAUAUGAAAAAGAUAUAUUUCUCAAUGGUAAUCACGGUCUUUAUAUAUUUCAUUCCACUCGUGGAUAUUAUGCUACUUGCGUAGAUUUAAGUACAGAUUUUACAGAAACAAUACCUCCUAUUAAAAAUGAUGAAUUAGAUCAAAGGAAACCAAUAUUUAGGGAUAUCAAGCCACCAAUAUUUGCUGAAUUAAUAAAUAACAAAAAAAUAAAAACUGAAGAAGAUGCUAAAUUAGCACUGAAUAAUUUUGCUAAAAAACUGAUGGAAUAUCAACACAAUGAAUUCAAAAAUUUUUCGUCUAACUAUAUUUUUUCCUUUAUCAUAAAUAAUUGUAAAUUGAAGGAUUUUGUUGAUAAUAUAAAAGAAACACAUGAAUUAGUUAUACACCAUUCUAAUCUUUGUUUGUAA